GAAUUCGAGGUCACCGAGGUCAAGAUGACUGUUACGGGGCAGCUGCUGUUUGGGAAAGAUUUUUUGUCAUGUUUCGCUAUCCACCAUAUGCACCAUGAUGCGCUUCCACACUAUCCAGUAAAUGCCGACUGCCUAGAAUCCUCAGCGGGCUGCUUGGUGCAAGGAUUGUAUAGCAAGAACCGCCUGAUCAGCCUGCAGGAGCCUCCGGAAUAUAGUGCGAGUAUUAUAGGGGAGCUACUGGAUCCCCGCCGCGGAGUAGUCCUCACCCACGAGACAUUUUACGACGGCAGAAUUCCGGUCGACCAACCCCACGACGGAGAGAUGAUCGCUGCGAGAUUGCUCUCUCUCAUCUCAAUUUGA